AUGCCGACGCUCGUGGAAUGGAGCGGGACAAGGAUGCUUUGUGCAAUGCCCCUUUUUCAUGCGGCCGGUAUUUCCAUCGGGUUAUACGGCGCCAUCUAUUUUCGCUGGCGUAUUGUUCUGCCUUUCAAUACGCCGAUCUCUGUGUCAUCGGUUGAACAAAUAUUGGACACCAACCCCGUCGAAUCAGCUUUCCUACCUCCAAGCAUCCUCAACGAUAUAGCCAAGACGCCCGCCUCUCUGGAAAAACUAAGGCGUCUGCAGUUUGUCACAACGGCCGGUGGACCAAUCUCUAGAGCAGCUGGUGACAUCAUCAACCAGUAUACGCCUCUGAAACUAAGCAUGGGCACCACUGAGGGACAGUUGUUUGCGACAAUGCCACCAAAUCGUAACGAUUGGCCAUACUUCUGUUUUGCUCGCGAAACGGGCUACUCAAUGCGCCCAGAGUCCGAUGGUCGUUUUGAGCUUGUGUUCGAGCGUCAUGCGAAGUUUGAUCUGAUGCAACCCAUCUUCGUCAAUUUCCCGGGCCUUGAUGUGUGGCACACGAAGGACUUGUACUCGCAACAUCCCCAGAAUCCACUGCAGUGGAAGUUUGAGAGCCGCAAAGAUGAUCUUAUUGUUCUAUCGAAUGGCGAGAAGUUUCAACCCUCAGAUGCCGAGGAUGUAAUUGCCGGUCAUCCACUUGUGCGCGCAGUGUGCAUAGUAGGGACAGGCAUGUUUCAAGCUGCAAUCCUGGUCGAGCCAACACCAAGCGCCGCCUCUUCACAUAGUAUCGAUGAGAUGUUGCGAGAACUAUGGCCUGUCGUUCAGCAAUGCAACCUUCGGCUGCCGAGCUUUGCGCAGGUCCAUCGAGACUACAUCAGGUUUGUCGAUGAGCCACUGACACGAACUGCCAAGGGGACUUUGUCCCGCCCCGGAAUCAGUCAGACAUUCAAGUUUGUUAUUGAGGAUAUAUACAAACAAGAACACCAACCUAAUCAAACGUUGCAAACCGAAGUAACUACUUUGCAGGCGAUCCAGCAAGUCAUACUGGACGCGGCGAGCGACUACAUCAAGCCCAGGCCAGUUGGUCUCAAUGAAACUUUUAUCGAAGCUGAUUUUGACUCGCUGACAUUGCUUGGAAUGAAGAGAUCGAUCGAGAGUCGGUUGGGUAACAACUUUAAAUUUGAACUGCGCCACUUAUACGAAUGCGGCACGCUGCGACAGCUCGCCGAUGUCAUUUGGGACUUGCUCAGCCAGCAAGAUAGACAAGCUGGGCCUGGAAAGCCAAACAGAGGGACUGACCUAGCCCCUCGCAUGCGUAAACUUUUGGGAAAAUAUCAAACUCAGUCUCAGCGGCCAAGUCCGCCAAAGCGAGUCAUCCUUACGGGCUCAACUGGGUCUGUCGGGGCUUACCUUCUUGACAGGCUGUACGCCGAGGAUCAAAUCGACGAGAUAUGGUGCUUGAAUCGAAGCCAGGCCCAUGACAAACAGGUCAAAUCAGCGAGUGAAAAAGGUCUAAAAUUCGACUGGGGCCACAGAGUUAAGUUUCUCGAAGCGCAUCUACAUUUGCCAUCCUUUGGUCUCGCCGAUGACGACUAUGAAUUGCUACUUGACAAGGUGGACUUAAUCUUCCGUAAGACCUGA